UUUGUUAGAGCUAAUGGGCGCUCUAAUUCGGCUUUUACAACCCAACUUAUUCAAAGCCGGACGAACCGCCAGCAAAUCCGUUUGCCCGAAAGGCACGCAUAACUUCAUAUUAUUCGGUUAUUACCUCAGAACGUUUCCCUCUCCACUGCGCUCACAGGGACUAAUAUGCUGACGCUGCUGUUACUCUUCAGUUCUCUUUUCCUUUUCCUGUCAUACAAAUUCGCCACCGCUUAUGGUGACUUCACUUUGAUGUCCAAGAAGCAACCGAAACGUGAAGAAAUCGAAGAUAAGGUUGUUUGGAUUACCGGUGCUAGCCGUGGAAUUGGGGAGAUUCUAGCUAAACAACUUGCAAGAUUGGGAGCCAGGCUAAUCAUCUCUGCAAGGAAUGAAGCUGAGCUGGAGCGAGUAAAGCAACAGCUGAAAGGUAAGCAUGCGCCUAAUGAGGUCAAGGUUUUUCCACUGGAUUUAACAACUGGCGAGGAUUCUCUUAAGAAGGCUGUUGAGAAAGCAGAAUCAUUGUUUCCUGGUUCUGGUGUUGAUUAUAUGAUUCAUAAUGCAGCUUUUGAGCGUCCUAAAAGUUCAGCUUUAGAUGUAACUGAGGAAAGUCUCAAGGCAACGUUUGAUGUCAAUGUUCUUGGAACAAUAAGUCUCACACGGCUGUUGGCACCUUUCAUGUUGAGGCGGGGGCAAGGUCAUUUUGUGGUGAUAAGUAGUGCUGCAGGGAAGACCCCUGCCCCUGGUCAGGCUGUUUACUCUGCUUCCAAACAUGCUCUGAAUGGGUACUUUCAUUCCUUGCGUUCUGAGCUCUGUCAGAAGGGAAUCAAAGUAACUGUUGUCUGUCCUGGACCAAUAGAAACCUCAAAUGUUUCUGCAGCAAAACCUUUGGAGAAGGGCUUGUCUGAGACAGAAGCGUGUGCCAUCAGAAAGGUGUGCAGAACUCGUUAUCAUUGCUGCAACCCAUGGCUUAAAGGAAGCUUGGAUAUCAUAUCAGCCUGUGCUUGCCGUAAUGUAUCUUGUUCAGUACAUGCCAACGAUUGGUUAUUGGCUCAUGGACAAGAUUGGUAAGAAUCGGGUAGAAGUUGCUGCACAGAAGGGAAACACGUAUUCUUUGAGCCUACUACUCGGAAAGAAGGCGGCAUGAUGCUCAUCGGCGUACUAUAUAUUUGGUGCUUGUCCUUGAUAUAUUUGGUUUUAUAAAGGCGCCCUACAAUUUCAAGUUGGGGACAGAUGUUACUUUUGCAGUCCCUGAGUGGUGAAAAUGUGUACCGCCUUGUUCAAUGACCAAUCGCAUGUCAAGAAAUCCUGCCAUAAAAGUAGCUGAUCCAUACAUACUAUAUAAUAUAGUAACCCAAACUAAAAUUAUUUAAAAUUUUUUGUUACUACUGUUGACAUAGGAAGCAUAUGUGCUUUGAUGAUACAAUUAAUUCUACAAGAUAUCUAAUACAUGUGACAGUAAUUUUUUUAUCA